AGCGCGCGCUCAGCGAAAACAGCUGCACUCGUGAGUUAAAUUCCGAAAUCGCGACCUACAUAUUGGUUUUUAAUGCUACAAUAAUAUCAGAUAAUUUAAGACACCCGUCAAUAUGGACGAUUCGGUGUUCAAGCUAAAAUACCAAAAGUACAAGUUACGCGUGAAGUUGUGGGAAAAAGAUUUUAAAAAGAAGAAUGGCCGAGUUCCAUCGAAGUAUGAUAUUCGGGAGGCCAGCCAGGAGAUCCGAGACUCCUACAAAAUGUAUUACAAACUAAAGACAUCUUUCCUGGAGGAAACGCUUAAUGAUGUGCUUAGCGAGGAUGGUUACGAUGUCCUGGAGAUGUCACAGGCUAGUGAUCUGGGUGUGAGCAUGUUGGAUCAGGACGUAAGUCUGAGCGGAGGUCCUCAACUGCCGCUGAAUAUAUCCGCUCUGGUCGAGACACCGAGUUCUGGCAAUCUGCAGGAAAUUCCGCAGACUGCGGAGGGGUCGUUUUCCAAUAUUCAGGACCUGCCCAAUCGCCAAGUGCUCACUAAUCUGGUAAAUCGCGAUGAGAACCAUGUUAUCCGCCAGUUCGAGGCUGUGGAGGAAUUGCCAAUCAAUCGGAAUGCUUGGGGUGUAGAUGUCAGCAUGAAGCAAGCAGCACCUCCAAAACCUCUAGAGGCUUCUCUAUCCGCUCCUGUGGUCGGGAAGCAGCCAAAAGCCGCUGCAUCCCUUAAGCCCAGUCUAAGUGCCAAAUUGUUCCAAUCCACUCGCGGAUUUGCUAAGCGUAAUCCACGCAAGCCUUUGUCAAACACUUCCGUCAACGCCUCCAGCUCCACCAGUUCCGCAAGCUCAGUUCCCUCUCUGGUGGAAGAACUGCCCGACUUUGAGACCAUACUGAUACGCAAAGCGCAGGAGUACAAGGAAAAGGAGCUGGCCUUAGCCGGUAAUCCGCUGCUGGCCGGCGACCACAGCAAAGAAACUAUUAAAACGCAGGUGGACGACGGCUGGCUGCAGCGGAAUACGAAGGAAAAUACUCUUGAGGCGGAGACUCCAUUUUCGGAAGCCAAUAAUAAUAAUAAUGGUCAACUAAAAAAAACCAAUUAUGGACUGGCCAAUCUAGAUUUGAGUAAACUGAAGCCCGAGCCCAAGGAGGUACAGAAGGUGCAGGUGAAGGCCGAACAAGUUGUGAGCACACAAGGACCGCCAUCUGCUAGCGGUUUUAAUAAGAACGAAGCACCUCCUCCCCUUAGGCAGACCCCUUCUGCGGUCACCCAACCAACAUCCGCUCACAAACACAAUUCUCCUGUUGAACAGGAAAGCGAUUCUGAUUCCGACUCUGUGGUGGCUGAAAGCGAAGAAGAGCCGGAGCCACAGGAGUACAGGCAGUUGGCUAAACGACGUCGUAUUAUGCCUGCGACCGAAGGGUCAGCUGAGGUAGCUGCUUCCUCCGAAAUGCCCAACAAAACAGAAGCGGAAGAAAAAACUGUGACUCCGGAUGAAACAGAGGAUGAGUAUGGCUUGGAUUUCUCCGCCGACGAAGAGCGUGAUGCCACUUAUGAACCGGAGAAGGGCAAGAAAGAAAAGGCCAAGCGAAAACAAGCAGCUGGCAAAAGGAAGACCACCAAACCGAAGGCCGAAGCUAAGCCGAAACCUGAAAAGAAACCGAAGAUCAAAGCAGAAAAGAAACCCAAAGCGGAAAAGAAGCCAAGGAACUCGAAGAAAGCACCUGCUGCAGAAGCUGUUGAACCUGAAGAGGAGAAGGAGAGUCAGCCAUUGAAUCCCGAAGAUCUGAAGUACGUGCUUGCCUUGGAGGCAGGCGACAUUACCUCCGUUCCGCGUAUUAAUUCGCAGGAACUAGAAAAAGCGGAUGCCACCGCCCAGCGCUACAUCAGCACUUUUGCAGCAGGACCCAUUAUGGAAUCCGCAGGAGGAUCUAACGUCCGAGUGGACGAAAAGCGAGCAGCAGCCCGAAAGAAGCUAGAGGAACGCAUAGCUUCGGGAAAACUGAACGAGAACUUUGUGACCAUCAACAUUCAAAAGAAGAAGUUCGCACGUGGCAAAAAGACUGUGAAUUUUAGCAAGUACAAGAAGCAGCAGUGGCGGCACAAGAAACGAGUGGCUGCCUUGAGUGGGCCAGAUAUGGACAUGGGUGGCUGUGAUGGCGGAGUGCUCACAUGUUUCCAGUGCGGCGGAGUUGGACACUUCGCCCAGCAGUGCAAGGUGAAGGGAGACAGUUUGCUGCCGCUAUCCGCGCAGCUGGAGGAGGAUCCCUCGCCGUUUCCCACGCUCGCCGAGGCUCAGGAGAUGGCCACACAGGGAGCCUUGGUGGCUCAUAGUCGCAACAUCUCAAGAUUGCCGGAGGCGGCCAACGAAGCCAUCCUUCAAAACGAAGAAUCUGAUGAUUCAGAGAAGGAGAUCCAAGAGAGCAGCGGUGAUGAGGCUGAGGAGGAACAACCGAAUCCAGGUUGGUCCAGCGAUGAGACCGACAUCGACUUUGAGGCAGUGGAUGCAGCCGUGGAGGCGUCGCUUAGUCAGCCUGCUUCGCAAGGGAAACCAGCAUCGCCUAUUAAAACGUACGUUGGCCACAAGAUUCCCGAAGAAUUUUUGAAGCUGGCUGGUCUGGAUAGCAAUGCCCCCACCUCGAAUACCAGCCGACAUGGCGGGGUGAAGCCACUUUACGAACUCCUCCCGGAUGGAAGUGUCCAGGACACUACACCCGAAGUGCUGGAAGCACUGCACAUGUUUGGUCACAGUAAUUUUAGAAAGGGUCAGGAUCGGGCAAUUAUGCGCACCCUCUCCGGUCUCUCCUCGCUGGUCACCUUGAGCACAGGCAGUGGCAAGUCCCUGUGUUACCAGCUGCCAGCCUAUCUGUACAGCCGGAAAAUGGGUGCCAUUACGCUGGUCAUCUCGCCACUGGUGUCGCUCAUGGAGGAUCAGGUGACCGGGGUGCCGCACUUUCUGCGCGCCCACUGUCUGCACACCAAUCAGACUGGACCGCAGCGGAUGAAGAUCCAACAGAUGAUCGCCGACGGGGAAAUCGACAUACUGCUCGUCUCUCCAGAGGCUGUGGUUUCCGGAGAGCGCGCGACGGGUUUCGGAGCCAUUCUCCGCCAGCUGCCGCCCAUUGCGUUCGCAUGCAUCGACGAGGCGCAUUGCGUGUCCCAGUGGAGUCACAACUUUCGACCCAGCUACCUGAUGAUCUGCAAGGUGCUGCGCAAGAAUCUUGGUGUGCACACUGUACUGGGACUUACGGCCACGGCCACUUUGCCGACGCGAGUGAGCAUCAUUAACCACCUGGGCAUUGCGGACGGGGAACGGGGUGUUAUCAGCGACAUCCCACUGCCGGAUAACCUGGUGCUGUCCAUCUCCAAGGACCAAAACAGGGAUGCGGCGCUGCUCCAGUUGCUCAAUAGUGAACGCUUUGAACCCUGCCAGUCCAUUAUUAUCUACUGCACACGACGAGACGAGUGUGAGCGCAUCGCUGGCUUCAUCAGGACAACCGUCCAGGACCGGAGGCAGCCAGCCCAAGAUCAGGGAAAGAAGCGCAAGCGGGUUAAUUGGCAGGCCGAACCCUAUCAUGCCGGAAUGCCUGCUUCCAGGCGACGAACCAUCCAAAAGGCCUUCAUGGGCAACGAGCUGCGCAUCGUGGUGGCCACAAUCGCCUUCGGCAUGGGCAUAAACAAGCCGGACAUUCGGGCUGUCAUCCAUUACAACAUGCCAAGAAACUUCGAGAGCUAUGUGCAGGAGAUCGGACGAGCUGGACGCGACGGAUUGCCUUCCCACUGUCAUCUCUUCUUGGAUCCCAAGGGUGGCGAUCAGAGUGAGCUGCGUCGACACGUCUACGCCAAUUCAAUCGAUCGGCAUGUAAUCCGCAAGCUGCUGCAGAAGAUCUUCGUGCCGUGCAGCUGUGACAAAAAUAUGUCCAAAGGAGAUGCUCCCCAAAUGGCGAUCGAAGGCGAAGGUCCGAGAGCCCAUGUGUGUCCGGGCCACGAGAUUGGCUUUUCCGUGGAAAAAACCGUUGAGAUGCUGGACAUCCCGGCAGAGAACAUAUCCACGCUGCUCUGCUACAUGGAGCUGGAUCCUCGCUGGUGCAUGAGUGUGCUCAGCUCGGCAUAUGUGAUGGCCAAAGUGAUCUCCUAUGGUGGACCCAAGUACCUGAAGCAUGCUGCUAAAGAAUGUCCACCCUUGGCCAUGGCCAUUGCCUUGCAGAUAAGGGACAAGACCUUCAAAGAGGACUCCAACAUAAUUGAGUUUUCGGUGACGGACAUUGCAGCAGGAAUUGGCUGGAACAGCGGCGUGGUCAAGUACCAACUCAAGGAUCUGGAGUGGGUGAAAGUAAAUGGAUUUCCCAAGCGAUCGCCAAUCACAGUAAGCUUCUUCGAUUUGGGAUUCCGCAUCAAGGUGCCGGGCGACUUUACGGAACUGGAGAUUGACAACGCUCUGGACACGCUCUACACGCGUUCCGUAAAACAGGAGCGCACGCAGCUCAUUCAGCUUCAGUAUGUGGCCCACGGAUUGGCAGCGGUGGCCUACAGCUCCUGUGGCCAGUGCUGCAAUGCUGAUUUCCCACAGGAUCGCUGCGAGCAGCUUAAAGCUAUUGUGCGCAACUACUUUGCCAACGACUAUCCACAGGAUCUUGAGCUAGAAGUGGAGCCCAGCAACGUUCCGGAUGGACACAUCACGGACGACGUGCACGCCUUGAUCAACAUGUAUCCGGACAACACGUUCAGUGGACGAAACAUUGCCCGCAUUUUCCACGGCAUCCAAAGUCCCAACUAUCCGGCAGUCAUUUGGGGACGCUGUAAAUACUGGCGUGCCCACGUUAAGGUCGACUUCAAUCGUAUCCUGCAACUGGCCAACGCGGCUAUCAUUAAAAGGCGUACCUAACCGAGAUUUUGGAUAUAAAAUAAUUGUUCUCCUAAAUAAGUCAAUUUUUAUGUGAUGCACUGAUUCAUUAAUUUAAUAGGUCGCGAAUAUGAAAAUAUGUGAUGCCAUUCAUAACAUUUGUUGCCUUUUUAUUUAAGUCUAAUAAAAAACUUUAAAUUA